AUGCUCCUCCUCCACCAAACUGGCAGCGUCAAAAUUGGCGAAGUGGUCCGCUACACCGUCACUUACACCCCAUCAGCCGACCACAUCCUUCCAUCUCCCGAAUUUCUGUCCCUGCGCAUCAAAAACACUUCGGCCAUUGCUCUGCGGGCUGCCUUCGUCCACGGUCCCUACACCCUUUCCGUUGCGGCUUACCCUUCUCACUUCAACCCAAACGAAAAGUUCGAAAACCCCCGUCGCUAUGGCAUCCCCGAGUUUGAGCCCAUGCUCAAGGCUGGUGCCAACUGGAACUGUCACCUUGUCGUACCCGACAACAUUCGUCAGUCAGCCGGUGAGGGGACAAGCAAGCACGGCCAGUUUGGCAACCCCGAAACCCAUGGUGAGAGCGUCUCAUGGAUUAUCGAAGUCGCCUCACAGGUGAUCUUCUCUACGUCGGCUGCCGUUAAUUAUGAGAUUCUCCUCGCCCGGGACGAAAAGUCUCUGAGCCUCGGCUCCGUCGUUCCGGUUCUCAGAGGCCAGUUCCAAGCCCCGGAGCCAGGCCAGGUCAGCGACUUUCAGCAAAGCAUUGGCGGCAUUAAGAAUCAUCCAGCACAGCCGAAAGGGGUCUUCUCGCGAGCCAUACGGCUGAAGGUAGAGGAUACAGGCGCAUUGUGGAACACGCCUCAGCUUCCAGGGUGGGAUGAAGAAGUCCAGCACCGGGCCAAGUAUCACGGUGCCGAUGCUCCUGUGGAGCCCGCCGUCAAGAAUAAAAAGCACGAGGAACCGAUCAAGCCCAAGAAGCAGAAAAAGGUUCACUUGGUUGUCCUGACGCAUGGGCUACACAGCAAUUUGGGAGCCGAUAUGCUCUAUAUGAAGGAGAGCCUUGAUGCAGGAGUAAGGAAGGCGAAACAAGAUGCCAAGGCGCGAAGGGCAAGAGAACGAGCAGCGAAACAUCAGCAAGACACUUCGUCUUCUGCCGAGGAAGGGGGAGAAAGAGUGACUGGUGACAAGGAUCAGUCGCGGGAAGAUGACAGGCAAGAUGGUAGCGAUGACGAAGAUGACGAGGAGGUAAUUGUGCGCGGCUUCUCAGGAAACGCCACUAGGACUGAAAAAGGUAUCAAAUAUCUAGGAAAGCGGCUUGCCAAGUUCGUCCUGACAAUGGUUUUCCCUGAUCAACCAUUCAUACCCACCACCAGAGCGGCGUCGCAGGCCAUUGUCCACUCGCUCAAAGCCAGCAAGCAGGACGCAGAACAGGAUUCAGGGCAAAAACGUCCUCACUCUGGGUCCAAAAAGACAGAAAGGGGUUAUAAUAUCACCAAAAUCAGUUUCAUUGCCCAUUCGCUUGGCGGCCUCAUACAGACAUACGCAAUUGCCUACAUCCAGAAGCAUUCGCCAACCUUUUUCGAUCAGGUUGAACCAGUCAACUUCAUCGCAUUAGCAUCACCGUUUCUCGGCCUCAACCAUGAGAACCCCUAUUACGUCAAGUUUGCCCUCGAUUUUGGCUUGGUGGGAAGGACCGGUCAAGAUCUGGGACUCACUUGGAGAGCUCCAACAAUCGCAAGAAACGGGUUCGGGGCGAUCAUAAGCCAGUUCGGUGAGAAUACGCACAAACACGUCUACGGAGAGUCCCAGCCGGAAUCAAAGCCGCUGCUACGCAUCUUGCCUACUGGGCCGGCGCAUACAGCCUUAAAGAAAUUCCGAAACAGAACGGUAUACUCCAAUGUCGUCAACGAUGGAAUCGUGCCACUCCGCACAAGUUGUCUUUUGUUCUUGGAUUGGCAAGGCUUAGGGCGUGUAGAAAAGGCUCGAAGAGAGGCCGGAUUGGUUGAAACUGCUCUAAGCUUUGGGUGGGCUGAGUUGACAGGGACAAAUACGACGGCGCCACGAGCGAAGCCCUGGGCUCCAGACGAUGUAGAGGAAAAGCCAGGUGAGGAGGGAUCUGGGGACUCGACACCUACGGGUCCUUAUGACGCCCACGAGGUUCCCCAGCCGCCACCUCAUGCCAUGCUGGAGGAUGAUCGAGCGAGUCUUCGAUCAGCUGUUGUGGCAUCUCCAGAGUCCGAGUUCGAGAAGCUCCAGAAUCUUCAAAGCGCAACUACCUCGAAUAACACCAACAAUCCCUUCACCGGUUUGAUGAAUUUCUUCCGUUCCAGCGAAACGCAAAAGCAAGCACCUGCUCCACAACCUUCCAAAGCCAACAGAAUCUAUCAACGAAGUCAGAUUCUGAGAUCAGACGACACAUCUACGACGGCCUCAGCUUCUUCGUCUCGAUCGCGUGUCACCACCGGCAAUGAGCUCUUGGAUUCGGGAGAAAGCGUCAUGGCUCCGCCCAAGACGACGGUAUUUGAGGCAGCUAGUGACUUGAUCAACCCCAAAUUACCUUCAGUCGAGUAUCUCAUCGACCCAUCCAAGCGACCUCGAGCCAUCUUUCAUGAUAGGAUAUACCAUCCUUCGGAUAUUCCACCCCCACCAUUGAAGAAGCGACCUACCACCAGCGGCUUCCGACGAAGAGCCACGGCAAGCACGGAGUCUUCAAACAGCUCCGCGACUCAAGCUGCCCCGGUUAAAACCCCGAGCAGCGAGGCGUCGUCCCCUUAUACACCGUCACCCGGAAUCUUGCCCCGGGACUCAUCGCUAUCACGACAUGACUACGAUGACACAGAACAUACCAAUCCAGACAUGGACCCGUCUGAGAUGGUCGACGGUUCCCAGAUGCAAGUUGAGGAGAAAAUUGCUAGAGCCUACCAUAGGGGUCUCUCCUGGCGCAAAGUGCUCGUCAAGCUGGAGCCUGAUGCGCACAACAACAUCAUUGUGCGUCGCCAGUUUGCCAACGCGUUCGGGUGGCCGGUCAUUCAACAUCUCGUAGAGGCACACUUUAGUGAUUCAGCGACCGCUAAGACCCCUGAUGACAAGGCCACAAACAAAGAGCGCGCCAAGCCCCUGUCUGCACCACCCGACGAGCAUGGCUCUGAAGUUAAGGAUACGGAUACCAGUUCGGAGAAGAAGACACAUAGUAGGGGAGGCUCAACUCAAAGCGAAAGGGACGCCAGAGAGGCUGAGGACGUCGUCUCCGGCUUGCCUAGAAGCUCUACUGGUGUGAGCUCUAGUGACAAGACCACGGGAUCGGCCUCUUUAAGAGCCACCGAACGGCCACAAUUCGUUCGCCGAAUGGACUCCGUGACGUGGAGCGACCGGGACUGGAUCGAAAGCGGCGACGAGAGCGACACGGGAAGUGAGAGCGGCGGCCAGCGGGAUAGCAAGAAGGAUUCUGUUUUCAUGGGCGGCCUAUCGCCGGCGGAUAAGAAGGGAAAGGGGGCGGCGGCUGACUACUCGGGUGGUAAUGGUGACUCGGCAAAGCCUGGGUUCAAGAGAUCGAGUACGCUGAAUUGGAACUGGACCGAGAAGAUCGUCGGGAAGGGAGCCCUCGGCAGGCCAAAGUCGCCUAGGUCGUCGUCUUUGUCCUCGACUGCGGGUGGUACUACGGAUGUUCAAGGGCUGGGACUGGCUAGCUCGGCUACUCAGAUUAUUGGGAGACCCCAGAGUCAGGGGAAAUCGGCGGUGAUGCCGACGGUGGUCACUGAUCAUGGGCAAAUAACUCGGCAGGAAUAG